AUGAAGUCAGUCCAGUUUUGCUUCCUUUUCUGUUGCUGGAGAGUAAUCUGCUGCAAGAGCUGUGAGCUGACAAACAUCACCAUCACAGUGGAAAGAGAGGAAUGUCGCUUCUGCAUGAGCAUCAAUGCCACUUGGUGUGCAGGCUACUGCUAUACCCGGGAUCUAGUGUACAAGGACCCAGCCAGGCCCAACAACCAGAAAACAUGUACCUUCAAAGAGCUGGUGUACGAGACAGUGAAAGUGCCCGGCUGUGCUCACCAGGCAGAUUCCCUGUAUACAUACCCAGUAGCCACUGAAUGUCACUGUGGCAAGUGUGAUAGUGACAGUACUGACUGCACCGUACAAGGCCUGGGGCCCAGCUACUGCUCCUUCAGUGAAAUGAAAGAAUAA